GCAUAUGGUCUUGAUUUCCGCCAUGAUAUGGCUCUGCUGUCAAACUAUAGUGGGAGAUAUUCAACAGAACUUUUCACUGAGGAAGCCACCAAAAUAAUUCAGAGACAUGACACCAACAAGCCCCUGUUUCUGUAUCUUCCACACCAAGCAGUCCACAGCGCCAAUCCAUGGGAUCCACUUGAAGCACUGGACAAGUAUUAUAAACUGUUUCCUAACAUUCAUGAUGAAAAUAGGAGAAAAUUUGCAGCCAUGGCAGCUGCCUUGGAUGACUCGGUGAAGAAUGUGACCAAAGCUCUGAAUGAACGGGGCAUGUUGAACAACUCUGUGAUAGUGUUCAGCACAGAUAACGGUGGUCCUGCUGCUGGUUUUAAUGCCAACCAUGCCUCCAACUGGCCACUGAGAGGUGUGAAGGCAACACUUUGGGAGGGAGGUGUGAGAGGUGCUGGCUUCAUAUGGAGCCCUCUCAUCAAAAAUUCUGCCAGAAAACUUCCUGAUCUCAUGCACAUCUGUGACUGGCUACCAACCCUGUAUCAUAUUGCUGGAGGUGACUCAUCCACACUAAAAAAUCUUGAUGGAUUCAAUGUGUGGGAUACUCUAUCACUGGAUGCCCCCACACCCAGAGUUGAUUUGCUGCAUAAUAUUGAUCCCAUUUUGAAUUACUCAGCUGUAAGGGUUGGCGAGUACAAGCUUAUCUUGGGUCAUACUUAUGGUGGUACUUGGGAUGGCUGGUAUGCUCCCGAACAAUACCAUCUACUGGAUGAAACAAAGCUCGAUAGAGACUCACUGCAGUACAAGACAUGGCCAGACAUUUCUCUAGAUUCUGAUACAGCAAAAAACACUGUGAAGAUGACACAGUAUGAGACAGGUAAUAAGAAAAAUGACAUAUCACAUGAAGUAAAGCCCGAUGGACAAAUACUUCUCAAGAGGAGCAUUGGAUAUUCAGACCAAAAGAGUGAUUUUAUGCCAUUUUCUGAUAAAUUGGCGGCACAUUUUGGGAUGUCUGCAAUUAAUUCUGGGAAACAUGCAAUGGAAUCUGGGAAAUCUCUAAAAAAUCAUGGAAUUGAAAAUAAUGUGGUGCUAGACAAAGAGCUUCUUGGCAUUGUGUCCCGAUAUAUUCCAGUAGAUGUAGACACGUUUCACCUCACAGUGACUCCAGAUGUGGUGACUUGUGGAGCCAAGCCUGCCAAUGCUAGUACCAACUGUCAGCCCACCAUUUCACCCUGUCUGUACCACAUUGUGAAAGACCCUUGUGAGUACAACAAUAUAGCAAAUGAAAAUCCACAACUCGUGGCAAAAAUGUUGACAAGACUGAGGGAAUUCAAUGCUACUGCAGUGCCCCCUAGGAAUAAACCACAGGACUUGAGAGGCCUCCCCAUGUUCAAUAAUGGCGCCUGGGUACCAUGGAUGGAUGGGCUAUGAAUUUUCCAUUUUUUCUUGUUAAUUUUUUUUUCUGUCUUUUGUAUUCUUUCUGCAUCCCUAUUUUUAUCUCCUUUAACAGUUUGAACUUGAAUUGUUCACAGUAUUUGCUCAUCAUUUUGAAGUGAAAUAAUAUUCUUUGCAUGGGUGCUUGAUGUUAUACAUCAUCAUCAUUUAUUAACGUGUCAUGUGUAUAGAACACUGAGCCCUUCGGGCUUAUAAGACACUUGUUGCAUACAAUUUUUCCUGUCUUAAAUCAAAAAUCUUAACAAUAAAUUUUGCUAAUUGCCUCAAAUUUUUUCCAUUAAGUCUUCUAUAGAAAUGUCAUUUGUAUAAUUUUUUUGAAUCUCCAACUUUUUAUGAAAUUUAUAUCUUUCCUCUGUGUAAGUAAUGCACCGAAGUAAGAAAUAACUCUCAUCUUCUAGUUCUUUUUUGCAUACUUGGCAUAUUUUUUCAUUUAAAGGUGUAUUUGUAUACCGUCCAGUUUCCACAUGCAAAGGCAAAAUGCCCAUUCGAAAUUGAGUAAUAAUUGAUUUUUCUUUUCUUUUUAAAUCUAUGUGUAAAUAUUUUUCAGUUUUCAAUUCUUUUUUAAAUGUCAUAU